CUUAAACCUGCCAUUCUUCCGUUUAAGUUUUUGAUCCGAUUUUCACAAUUUUAUAUGCAACAUUUCAACUCUCACGUGAAUCUCACUUACAAAAUUGGCGUCCUGAUUCUGCAAAGGUUUUUUCAGGUCUUCUGAUAAUUUUGAAACUAUUCAAGUUCCCAUCUCCAAUGUGCUCAUGCACUCUAUAUUUCAACAGAACCCUAAUCCGGCUCCUUCUCCCAUCAAUUCUUUUCAGUAGUCUCCGUAUGUCAACUUUUGUCAUGGCAUCUCUCUCAUCUCUUCCUUUCCCUUCAAGCCAUCACUGUCUUGUCUCCAACCAGGCCCAACCUCAUUUACAAACCCUUCCAUUAAUAUCUUUGAUUUAUAAUUGCAAAACUAUGGAGGAUUUCAAGCAAUUCCACUCACAAAUCAUCCGGUCAGGUCUUUCGGGUUUCCUCGCGGAGCAGCACCGCAUGGUUUCCUUCUGUUGCACCCAAGGCCAAGGCGAUAUGGGAUACGCCCGCCUUCUGUUCGACGAAAUCCCUGAGCCGGACAACUUCAUGUGGAACACCAUGAUUCGGGGCUACUCGAACAAUAGCUCCCCGGAAGCCGCCGUGUCUUUGUACAUUGAAAUGCUUGCCCGAGGCGUAGGACCGGACAACUAUACCUACCCUUUCUUGCUCAAAGCAUUCGAUCGACAGAUGGCAAUUGAAUUCGGUGGUGGGCUCCAUGCACAUGUGACUAAGUUCGGUUUUUGCACCAAUGCUCACGUUCAGGAUGCUCUGAUUCAUGUCUACUCCAUCAGCGGUGAGAUGGAUGCCGCCCGUGAGCUGUUUGAUAAAAGUCCUAAGCAGAAUUCGGUGUUGUGGAAUGCUAUAAUCUCUGCUUAUAACAGGAGCAAGAAAUAUGAGGAAUCAUGCAAACUUUUUGCGGAGAUGGAAGAACUUCAAGUGGAACCCACUAUGGUGACUCUUGUUUUGGUGAUUUCAGCUUGCGCCAAGCUUAAAAAGCUUGAAUACGGAGCUUGGAUACAUAGAAACAUUGAAAAUUGCCGGAUAGUGCCCAAUUUAGCUUUGCAGAAUGCAUUGAUUGAUAUGUACGCUGGCUGUGGUGACAUUAGGACCGCCUGGAGUUUAUUCGAGAAUAUGGAAGCCAAGGAUGUGAUAUCAUGGACUGCAAUGGUUGCUGGGUUAGCUAAUCUUGGGCAGGUUGACCAAGCUCGAGAGCUUUUCAAUCGAAUGCCUGAAAGAGAUAUCAUAUCAUGGACGGUCAUGAUUGAUGGAUACAUGAAGGCAAAUCGUUUUAAAGAGGUGCUUGAGAUCUUCCGAGAGAUGCAAGCCUUUAGUGUGAGGCCAGAUGAGUUCACAAUGGUCAGUGUGCUCACUGCCUGUGCAAACUUAGGGGCACUUGAGGUUGGGGAGUGGAUAAGAGAAUACAUGGAGCGAUACAAGGUUAAUAUGGAUAUCUUUGUGAACAAUGCUAUGAUAGAUUUGUACUGCAAGUGCGGAUGCGUUGAAAAUGCUUUUGACAUCUUCGAGAAAAUGCAAAAGAGGGAUAAGUUUACAUGGACUACAAUGAUAACCGGCCUUGCUAUUAAUGGACAUGGAGAACAUGCUCUUGAUCUUUUCACGAGGAUGCUAAGAACAUCGGUAAGGCCAGAUGAGGUAACCUUCAUUGGUGUGCUAACAGCAUGCAUCCAUGCCAGACUUAUUGAGGAGGGCAGAGAAAUCUUUUCGAGCAUGAUUAACACUCAUGGAAUAUUUCCCAAUGUGUGUCACUAUGGUUGCUUGGUAGAUCUCCUCGGGAGGGCUGGACAGCUUAAGGAAGCAUUGGAGACAAUAACAAACAUGCCAAUGAAGCCUAAUUCUCGUGUGUGGGGUGCUCUGCUUGCUGCCUGUCGAGUACAUAAAAAUCUUGAGAUGGGGGAAUUGGCUGCCAACAAAAUUCUGGAGCUUGAGCCAGAUAAUGCUGCUGUGUAUGUGUUGCUUUCAAACCUUUAUGCAAAGCUCAACAGGUGGGAAGAAGUGGGAAAGGUGAAGGAUAUGCUGAUGCAGAGAGGUAUAAAGAAGAUUCCUGGCUGUAGUUUGAUUGAAAUAAAUGGAAACAUACAUGAAUUUGUUGCAGGCGAUUGUACUCAUCCGAGGAUUGAAGAGAUUCAUAAAAAAAUGGAGGAGAUGGGAAGGGAUCUGAUGCUUGAUGGUUAUGCCCCAGACACCACGGAGGUUUUUAUUGACAUUUCCGAAGAGGAAAAAGAAGAUACUGUUUACAAGCACUGUGAGAAGUUGGCAAUAGCUUUUGGACUGCUUAGUUCUCCAGCAGGUGCGACAAUUAGAGUCGUUAAAAAUCUGCGGAUAUGUUUAGAUUGCCACAAUGCAAUAAAAUUGAUCUCAAGAAUUUAUAGAAGGUUGAUCGUUGUCAGAGAUAAGACACGCUUCCACCACUUCAGUAGUGGUAGUUGUUCAUGUAAAGAUUACUGGUGAAUCGUAAUUUUUCUUUUUUUUUUUUGGUUUAGAACGGAAGAAUUUUUGUGCAAGGAUGUUCUGAUAAUAAAAUAAUUUUUAUUGUCUUAAUAUUUUAUAUCUAGUA